AUGGCGGGCACCACCAAAAAUAAUGUCUCCAACCAUCUCUCGGAUGCCGAGAUUGGCAUCGCCCCGGAUGUUAAGAGCGACGCUCAUCCGGUCGAGGUCGAGGUCGUCGCCAAUGCCAACAGACCCAAUGCCCGGAAGGAGGCCCCUGCAUCGGUGGCUCGUCUCUCUCCAGAAGAGCGUGCCGACGCGGAGAGGGCCCUCGUUCGCAAGAUCGACUUCCGCCUGCUGCCCAUGAUCAUAUUGAUGUAUAUCUUGAAUUAUCUGGAUCGGAAUAACAUUGCUGCCGCAAGGUUGGCUGGGCUGGAAAGUGACCUGCACUUGACCAGUGUGCAAUAUCAGACCUCCGUCAGCAUCCUCUUUGUCGGCUAUCUGUUGAUGCAGAUUCCAUCCAACCUAUUCUUGAAUAAGAUGGGCAAGCCAGCCAUCUACCUUCCCACGGCCAUGACUCUCUGGGGUAUCAUCUCUACCGCCACUGCUGGGGUCCAGAGCUACGGCGGACUGGUGGCGGUUCGAUUCUUCCUCGGUUUUGUGGAGGCCGCCUAUUUUCCCGGUUGUCUGUACUUCCUGAGUGCGUGGUACACUCGCAAAGAGCUUGGCCUCCGAACCGCCUUGCUGUACUCGGGUUCUUUGAUAUCCGGUGCAUUUUCCGGCCUCGUGGCGGCAGGCAUUACAGGCAACAUGGAUUAUACCAGAGGUCUUCGUGCAUGGAGAUGGCUCUUCAUCAUCGAGGGCGCCAUUACCAUUGUCGUUGCUAUCGCUGCUGGCUUUGUCCUGCCGAACUUCCCACGGACUACCAGCUGGCUCACCGAAGAGGAAAAGGAGCUUGCAGCGUGGCGGUUGGAGGAGGAUAUCGGCGAGGACGACUGGGUUGACAGUGAGCACCAGAGCUUUAUGCAUGGUGUCAAGCUUGCAAUUAUGGAUAUCAAGACCUGGAUUUUGAUGGUCCUCAUCUUCUGCAUCGUCUCCUCCGGCUCCGUGACCAACUUCUUCCCCACGGUGGUCCAAACCCUCGACUACGGCACGAUCGAGACGCUGCUGCUCACGGCUCCUCCGUACGUCCUGGCCGUCAUCACCGCGUUCUUUAACGCCUGGCACGCCGACCGCACGGGCGAGCGCUACUUCCACAUCACGCUGCCGCUGUACGUCUCCGUGGCGGCCUUCAUCAUCGCCGCCGCGACCACGUCCGUCGGUCCGCGCUACCUGUCCAUGAUGCUCAUGGUCCCCGGCUGCUACACGGGCUACGUCGUCGCUCUGGGCUGGAUCUCCAACACGCUGCCCCGGCCGCCGGCCAAGCGUGCUGCGGCGCUGGCCUUCAUUAACGCCGUCAGCAACGCCAGCAGCAUUUAUGCCAGCUACAUGUAUCCCAAGAGUGCUGGGCCGAGAUAUGUGGUCGCCAUGUCCGUCAACUGCGUGACGUCCUUCGUCGCCAUCCUCUCCGCCACACUCCUCCGCUUCAUCCUCGUCCGGCUGAACAAGAAGCUAGACCGGGGCGAAUCGGUCGAGGGCGCCGUCGUCGGUGUACCGGGGCAGGCGAGCCAGAGGGGAUUCCGGUUCUUGGUACGGUUGGGUAGGGAAUAUUCAUAUGCAUAG